AUGACAAGUGUAACAAAUUUUCGUUAUACAGCCUCUCCAAUAAUUAUUAUUCUAGGGGCAACAGCUGUUGGAAAAACGAAAUUAUCUGUUUAUUUAUCUAAACGUUUUAAUGGAGAAAUUAUUAAUGCUGAUUCAAUGCAAAUAUAUGAAGGUUUAGAUAUUGCAACCGCUAAACCAACAAUUGAAGAACGAGAUAAUGUUCCUCAUCAUUUAUUUAGUUAUGUAAAUCCACUUGAUCGUUCACAUACUGUUGUAGAUUAUAGAAAUGAUGCAUUACCAAUUGUUGAAUCAGUUUUAUCUCGAUCACAUCUUCCAUUUAUUGUCGGUGGAACAAACUAUUAUAUUGAAUCCUUACUCUUUCAUCUUAAUCCACCAGAACCAGUGACGGAAAGUUCAUCUAAUGAACAAUUCUCUUCACUAGCAUCGGAUUUAUCAGAUGAAAACCUAUCGAAAUUAACAUCUGUACAAUUACAUGAACUAUUAGCUAAAAUUGAUAAACCUACAAGUAUUCGAAAACAUCCAAAUGAAGAACGUAAAAUUCGAAGAGCUAUUGAAUUUUAUCGUGAAUCGGGUGGUAUUCCACUAAGUGAAGCAUUAAAAAAACAACAUGCAGAAAGUGGAUUUUCAUAUCGUGGAACAUUUCGUUUUCAACGUUGUUGUCUCUUAUGGUUAACAUGUCAAAAAGAAGAAUUAGAAAACCGUAUUAAUAAUCGAGUAAAAUCAAUGCUUGACCGUGGUCUUAUUGAUGAAUUAUCAAAAUUUCAUGAUGAGUAUAAUCAAACAUGUAAAGAAUCAGAACAAUCAUACGAUUAUACUCGUGGAGUAUUUCAAGCAAUUGGUUUCAAAGAAUUUCAUGAUUAUUUACUUUUAUCAGAAGAUGAACGAAAAAGUGAACAUGGUGAAAAAGUAUUUGCUAAUGCUAUUGAACGUCUUAAACUUUCUACGAGACAAUAUUCAAAAUAUCAAGAAAAAUGGCUUCGAAUGCGUCUUCUUCAACGUGUUGAAGAACAUUCACCUGAUGUUUAUGAACUUGAUACAACUAAUUUAUCAUCAUGGACAGAGAAUGUUGAACAACGAGCAGAAGCUAUUAUUGAUGCUUUUUUAAAAAAUGAAACUAUUCCAUUCGAUGCUCUUCCAAAAAAACAGAUCGAUGAACCCGUAUAUGAACAAAAUACAUGUUCAACAUGUGACCGAGUCUUUCAUUUAAAAUCCCAAUGGAAUGAUCAUCUAAAAAGUAAACAACAUAAACGAAUGGUUCGUUCAACAGAUCGAGCAACAUUUCGUCGAAAAUUAGAUAAUGCUCUACCAUCAUUAAUGAACACACUUGAUAUAUUAGAAAAGAAAAAGAUGUCGGAAAAUGAAGAAGAGAGUGACGAAUUUGAUAUAGAUAAAGAAAUAUAA